AUGCCAUCAGCUGCUCCCCCGUGGAGUUUCCAGGGCAGCCACUCUCCAUCUGGAGACGUCCCAGAGCUCGCCCUGCAUUUUCAGUCUGGUUCCACGGCCUUGAUCCAGUCACUCGGGUCUAAAUCUCUGCAGAACAAUCAGAGAGCCCUCCUAACCUCUAAUGUUAACUUGCUGUCGGAAUUUAUGCGACUGCAAAAGGAGGCUGUUCCAGUUGAUGCUUCAGCCCCCAGCCUUUGGCCUCCCGCUAUGAUCGUGCUUCUCCUCCUGAGUAUGCUGACGGCCUCGCGUGGUGGGGCCCACCCUCUGGACACCCCACACCUUCCACGGGAUCUGCCUCCAGGACUCUCAAAAAAUAUCAAUAUCACAGCCUUCCACGGGGUGUUUAAAAAUGUGGAAAAUGUGGCUGACAUUUUUGACUGCCUGGGCUCCCACUUCACCUGGCUGCAGGCUGUCUUCACCAAUUUCCCCACGCUGCUCCAGUUUGUGACUGGCAUGAAGUGUGUGGCUGGUCUUUGCCCCCGGGACUUCGAAGACUACGGCUGUGCCUGCAGGUUCGAGAUGGAGGGGGCCCCCGUGGAUGAGGCUGACAGCUGCUGCUUCCAGCACCGAAGAUGCUACGAGGAGGCCACUGAGAAGGACUGUCCCCAAGACCCAGCCAAGCUCAGCAUAGAUGUCAACUGUGUCAGCAAGAGCAUCACGUGUGAGUCCGGAGACCCUUGUGAGCACCUGCUGUGUACCUGCAACAAGGCUGCCAUAGAUUGCUUGGCUCGGUCCAGUAUCAACUCUUCCCUGAACCAUCUGGACACUUCGUUCUGUCUGGCUCAGCCUCCAGAGACAGCUAGCACGGAAGAGCUGACAACGCUUCUACCCAGAGUGGUUCCCACGGAGCCCACAGAUACCAGUGCAAAGGCCCUUUCAGGAGAAGUUGCUAUUGAGACCACAGCUGACCCACCGACCAGUCCCUCCAGGACAAAAGCAGGUCAAGAUGAAAAAGGCACAGAAGCCGCGAGGUCCGCAUCCCCUCCAGGAUCUGCAGACAUCGUUGCCUCGACAAAAGGAGUAACCUUGGCCCCCGCUGGCUUGAAGUCUUUGGGCUUAGCUGCGUCAUCUAACAAAAGUGGCCUAGAGGAGACAACGGGAAAAGCCUGUGACAGGUUCACCUUCCUGCACCCAGGAGGUGGGGAUGACACACGGGUGAUGCCUCAGUUUGCAGAGAUGCUCUUUUGUCUGACAUCCCGAUGCCCAGAAGAAUUUGAAUCUUAUGGCUGUUACUGUGGGCAAGAAGGACAAGGCGAGCCGAGGGAUGCCCUGGACAGGUGCUGUUUCUCCCACCACUGCUGCGUGGAGCAGGUGACAAGGCUAGGCUGCCUGUCCGAGAGGCUUCCUGGGUCACCGGUGGAGUGCGUGGACGGUACAGCCAAGUGUGUGGGGCGGAGCCUGUGUGCGAAGCUGCUGUGUGCCUGUGACCAGACGGCGGCCGAGUGCAUGGCCUCUGCCACCUUUAACCAGAGCCUCGGGUCAGCGGGCAAACGAGCAUGCCAGGGCCACCGGCCGUCGUGCAGGGAGCACCUGCACGGAGCGCCCACCGCCGCCUCCCCCGGCUCCAGCUCCGAGGAGAACAGCGAGGAGGCCGUGCCCGACCCAGAGGGCCGGAGGAGGACCAGGAGAUUCCUGGGCAAGUCGCUUGGUGCUGUGGGGACCAGGCGACCGCACGGCCCCAGAUAG